GAAAAACCACUCAUACGCUACUCCUUCAAGGUUUUCUUCCCAGAACACUCUCUUCAUCUCUUCAAUUUCACCGUUUUUCUCUAUCUAAAAAGUAAACGAAUCAAACAAACUUCAAACUGUUUUUCUCUUCAUUCUUUCGUACUUAGACUCAGAGAUCGGGAGCAGUUAAAUCCACAAAUCGGAAGAACAUGGGUCAAGCUUUUCCCGAACUCUUCGACUCAUUUUUUGGCAACUCCGAGAUGCGGAAGAUGAUGGCUUAGGGGUGGAACAUUUCUUGGAACCUGGGUUUCGCAAAUGCUUGUUGGGAAGAAGUAAUUGAAAUCCAAUGAAAUCAAACCCAACUGGAGGUCAUUGCUGAUUCCUCAUCCCUCCUAUUGACGAAUAGGACGCCAUUACCUAAAUUUUUUUACCGACCUACUGUAUUCCCCAAGUUGGGAUUUUUGUGUGUAGAAUUUGUUUUAGGUAUUGGGGACUCAUCAAUUUGAUCUUGUUUCAAAACCCAACAAGAGUAAUCUUCUGAAAUAGUCCUUAAAUAUGAACAAUGGGGAAAAUAGGCGAUUGAAUGGGGAAGCUGAUGAAGAAGAUGAUGAUGAUGAUGCCAAUGGACUUGCUGCGUGGGAAAGGACUUAUGCGGAUGAUAGGUCGUGGGAAGCCCUGCAAGAGGAUGAGUCUGGACUCCUUUGUCCGAUCGACAAUAAGGCAAUUUACCAUGCCCAGUAUCGUAGGCGCCUUCGUACCCUUUCUUCCUUAGCAACCACUGCUCGGAUUCAGAAGGGUCUUAUUCGCUAUCUCUAUAUCGUCAUCGACUUCUCCAAGGCUGCUACAGAAAUGGAUUUCCGACCAAGUCGAAUGGCUGUUGUGGCAAAACAUGUAGAGGCUUUCGUAAGGGAAUUCUUUGACCAAAAUCCACUCAGCCAGAUUGGUUUGGUGACUAUAAAAGAUGGAGUUGCUCAUUGCUUAACAGAUCUUGGUGGAAGUCCUGAAUCUCAUGUUAAAGCGUUAAUGGGUAAACUGGAAUGCUCAGGUGAUGCUUCCUUGCAGAAUGGUCUGGAACUUGUCCACAGCUAUCUAAAUCAAAUUCCAUCAUAUGGGCAUAGAGAAGUUUUAGUCUUAUACUCUGCUCUUAAUUCUUGUGAUCCUGGGGACAUCAUGGAGACAGUUCAGAAAUGCAAAACUUCUAAAAUAAGGUGUUCAGUUAUUGGUCUUACUGCAGAAAUUUUUAUAUGCAGACAUCUCUGCCAAGAAACUGGUGGCUCAUACUCUGUCGCAUUGGAUGAGUCUCACUUCAAAGAGUUGCUAUUGGAGCAUGCACCCCCACCCCCAGCAAUUGCAGACUCUGCCAUGCCUAAUUUAAUCAAGAUGGGUUUUCCACAAAGAGCAGCAGAGAGUUCCAUUGCAAUAUGUUCAUGUCACAAGGAAGCUAAAGUUGGAGGGGGCUAUACUUGCCCUCGAUGCAAAGCAAGGGUUUGUGAGCUUCCCACAGAGUGUCGAAUUUGUGGACUGACUCUUAUCUCCUCACCCCAUUUGGCUAGGUCGUAUCAUCAUCUUUUUCCAAUUAUACCAUUUGAUGAAGUCUCUGAUAAAGUAUUUCAUGACCCACGACACCAACUUCCAAAAGUUUGCUUUGGCUGCCAAGAAAGCCUCAUGAAUCCUGGCACACGUAACAGUCCAGGCAUCCGUGUUUCUUGCCCAAAGUGCAAACAACACUUCUGUCUUGAUUGUGAUAUUUAUAUUCACGAGAGCUUGCACAAUUGUCCUGGCUGUGAGAGUUUCAGGCAUCCCAAAUUAGCGACUUUUGACGAAUGAAUGUCUACUUUUAGAUGCAACAAUAUGGCCCUAACCGAAUCCAAAUAGGACGCUUCUCAGUCUAUUCAUUUGCGUAAAAAGCUGGAAUGAGAGCUUUGUAUACCACUGCUUAAAAUAAUGUUGAAUGAAUGCUGAAUCCAAGGCUCACAUUGUUACCGCAAUCAUCUUUCGUGUUUCUCAACAGCUCCUAAACCAAUUUCAGACCGAUCCAAAGCUUGUGGCUUUUUGACACUUGAUGCCAUUGUUGAAAUUGGGCGGAAGAUUAAUUUUUCAAGAUGAAAGGCUGAAAGCCAAUUUCCUUCUAGGCUGCAGGAUGGACGACUUUACUUGAGUGUACCCAAAAUUGACCCCCCCAAAUAGACAUUUUUCCAUUUUCAUGAGAUUUUGUAAAAACUUGAUAUUAAUUAUUAUCCGAUUCAGGGUGUAUUUGACAUUCACAUUCUUUUAGUUAAGUUAUUAAAGAAGCGCGUGCCAGAAAA